AUGCGCUUCCGCGAGCUGUUUUUCCUGUGGGCGCUGUACGCGCCUUGUCUGAAUGCCGACCAGCGGCGCAAGGAGAAAAUGAAUGCGUGCCGAGCGCGGAACGAGCUCAUUAGCUACAACAUCGAGGAGCGAUGGUACUUCGGCUUUCUCGACGACUUCGAGAACGGUGCUCAUGACACGCUCAUGUGGUUGGGAGGCAGAGCGGCCAAGCACUCUGCCGGCGCGGCUAAGAGCAAGGGCGCGGCGCACGAGGACCUCGGCGUUGUCUUCGGAAAGGACAAGAUUCUCUACGAGCGGGCCAUCGAGCGAGCUCUCGACCCCAAGAUCGUCGACGAACACGGCUACGCCUCGAUUCCGGAGCUCCUCGAGGAGGCGGAGCUCAUCGACCCCACGCGAGCGCUACACCUGCGACUCUCCGACAAGGCCCUCGCUCGCAUCAAGCUCGACGUCACCAGCGGGCCACCCCCCGUGCCUUCUUGGGUGGUCAACCGAACCCGCGGCCCGUGGAAGGCCCUCUUGUCGGACGCGUCGCUCAAAGACACCAUCGAGGAGGUGGUCGAGCUCCUGGACUUGGGCAUGAAGGUGGCCGUGUACGACCAGAAGCCCUUCAACCCCGACGAGCAGGGCGACGAUGACUCGGACUUCGAGGACGAGGACGGAGCCUUCACGGCGUUGCCUCCGACGCCCCCCGUGCAGUACCGGGCUCCCGCCGUCAAACAGCGAGCUACCACUCCGUCCAAGCCAGGAGACGACAGCGACAAGGACGACAAGGUCCAACCCAAGACCACCAAGGCCCCCGUCGCGGCCAAAGAGACGCUGCCGGGCGACGAAGCAGACGACGACGGCGAGGUAGCGAGCGAGCCUCCGACGAAGAAGCUCAAGUCGCGUCCCGCAAGCGUCGACAAGGCCAAGUGA